AUGCACACCCGUAAUCUACUUGUUGCGGCCUCCCAACUGGCCCUCGGCCUCGCGGCUCCGGCCCCACUCCCAGUCUACAACCUUCUCUCAACUCGAGAGACGCACUUCAACGCCAGCCUGCCCAACGUCACAAUUUUCGCUACAGGUGGCACAAUUGCCGGCUCCGCCGCCUCCAACGCCCAGACAACAGGCUACCAAGCCGGUGCUCUCGGUGUCGACAUCCUUAUCGACGCUGUCCCCGAGCUGUGGAACGUCUCCAAUGUCAAGGGCGUCCAGGUCGCCAACGUGGACUCGGGAAGCAUCACCUCCGAGAUUCUGCUUAACCUCACCCGUCUGGUCCAGGAGGCCCUCGACGACCCCUACUGCCAGGGAGCCGUCGUCACCCACGGCACGGAUACUCUCGAAGAGAGCGCAUUCUUCCUUCAGCUCGCUGUCAAGAGCGAGAAGCCGGUCGUCGUCGUCGGCGCCAUGCGCCCCGCCACAGCCAUCAGUGCCGAUGGCCCCAUCAAUCUGCUCGAGGCCGUUACCCUUGCUGGCAGUCCCGAGGCCAAGGGCCGCGGUACCAUGAUUGUCCUCAAUGACCGCAUUGGCAGCGCCUUCUAUAACACCAAGACGCACUCCAACUCCCUCGACACCUUCAAGGCAGUCGAGCAGGGCUACCUCGGCUUCUUCCUUGACAUCCAGCCCGUCUUCUACUACCCUCCCUCUCUGCCUCUUGGACAUGUUUACUUCAACCUCUCCGGGGCGACUGAGGUGCCCCAGGUAGACAUCCUCUUCGGCCACCAGGACCUCAACCCGGCCUUGGCCACGGCUGCAGUUGAGAGCGGCGCGAAGGGUCUUGUCUUGGCCGGCAUGGGUGCCGGCGGUUGGACUACGCCUGGCCGGGAUGCCCUGAACAAGCUGGCACAGGAGAACGGCACUCAGAUUGUGGUUUCCAGCAGAACUAUGGGCGGCUUUGUCGAGGAUAGCAGCACGCUCAACACGUAUGGUGGCUGGAACUUGAACCCGCAGAAGGCUCGCAUCAUGCUGCAGCUUGCGCUGUACACUGGAUACGGCUCUGAGCAGCUCGAGACGCUGUUCAAAUAUGCGCCUUAG